CUCGGUCACCUUUGCUAUCCAACUCUAAACAAACGCUGGGCUUUAGACUUGCCAUUACCGUGACAACAAAGACGCCGGACUACCCCAUUAACACCAUGCAGACGCUCCUGAGUGCAGCGCAGAUCUUCUAUCCCGUAUGAUCACCACAUGUCCUGAAGCCAUGCAGCCCCGGAGUGACGGUGUUCCCUGCGAUCGUAGCUGUUCCUCCACCGUGUUGUGGUCCUUCUCUGUAAGCCAAGGACUUCACCUUCAUGACUUAGACCAGGUGACAGGCUCGAGUCCCAAAGCGCUGAGGAGGUACGACUUCAGACUGCUGACUCCGGCCACUGGAGGCACUUUUCACAGAAGAGGCCUCGCGGCAUCAGGAAUGUCGUCAUCAUCAGUGCCUCAGACCGGCCGGACGCUCAUGGCAUGUGGAAAGCGCUGUGUUCUGUCCCUGAGGCCGGAGCGCUGUGGCAAUAAGGCAGAAAACCAGAAAGCCGAGGAGAGCGAGGGAGGAGCGAGCGCCGCUAACGGAAUGGUGGAUGAACGCAGGAAAACAGGAGAGGAGAAGAAGAGAGCGUGGAGCAGUGUAGCGAGGACGAGAGCAAUGGUGACGCAGGACCCUCGACCCUCCACCGCUCCGGCGGACACCAGGGCAGGACAGAGUGACGUUAACGCCCCGGCACCAGGAACACACAGGUUGGUGUGGAGAACCGGUGGAAAAGGACACAGUGACCUUCUGGAUUGCUCCUCGACCAGAAAUCCUGUUCUUCACCUCUAUCUGCCCAACUACCCCACUGACCCCAGGAAAGAAGCAGACGAGGAGUUGGACAGACAGGACGCUGAGACAGAUCUGAAAACCGCAGAGAUUCAAAUUGGACCAAAGGCUGAUGAGAGGAAUGAAGGAAAGUGUGACGUCGCCGGAGGAAACAGAACACCUGAUGUCCUGGAAGACAUCGUUACAACCGAGACAGGAAGUGAGCAAAAACGUAAGACAGAAGAAUGCGACAAAAGGUGGCGAGGCAGUCAGAACAAGCUUGCUGAAAAAGAAGAGAACGAGCAAGGUGGUGUAAGAGAGGAGAGUCCUGACAUCGCUCAGGAACCGGGAGAAGAACAUAGCACCAGAGAUGAAGAGGAAAAUUCUGGAAAGUCAGAUGAUAUACAUCAACAUACAGGAGAUGUUUUAGAGGGAAGACCUAAAGCUCCAGCUGUGAAGCUGAAAUCUGAAGCUGCUCAUGUCAGAAACUCAGAACACAGCAGCACAAGGAGGCUGAUGCUCCCAGCACCGGCUUUAUCCAUUCCGGGUACGAUCGCACGUACACGCUCUUCGCCCACGCCAUGCGUGCUCCCGCCCUUUUAUGGUUCCUCGUUUGGUCGCCAGAUCAGAACCCCUCACACCUCUGAACGCCACCGAGCCAGAACACACCCGGUCAGAUCCUUCAGCUUCGACAAAAGAGCCAUAAAACACCCCCCGAGCUUGGACAGGACGGGAAACCGGGGCGUCUUCAAAACAGAACCCAGAGGAAUAACCGGGUCACGCCCCAAAAUAACUAGCUGUGAGCGGUGGGGGCCUCUGCCUCAUAAAACCAAAACCACCAAGACGUUUGUGUGGGGGCCUCGAGGGCCUCAGGAGAGCAAGAGUGUGUGUGAGCUACACGCCCGGACCAACAGGUGGAGGGGGGCGGACUGAUCCAAAGGUUCUGGUGAACACAGACCUACAAAAAUAUUUAUGACAGCUGUGCUAAUCCAACACUGGUGGAAAUUCAUUUAAAGCUCAUUUAUUGUGUUUAUCAUUUAUAAUGAAUAGCUGUCGGGUGGCCAGGGUUGUGAUUUUCAAGUUUUUUGGGAUAGUUUAUACAUGACUUUGUUUUAAAGCAAAUAAAUAGAAAUAAAUCAAAUCAGUUUCCGCAAAAAUAUCAGCCGUGACAAAAAGUGAUAGUUGAUAAAAAAAAAAGAAAUGUGAGUUUAUACAUGAUAAAAAAAAUUGUCCUUUAACAAACAGAUGAAAUUUUUGGGUUUCUUUCAGGUCGUUUGUGUGGUUUUUGAAGCUGUAGGUGUAAUCGGGCUGGUCUUAUGACUUAAUUCGUAUUAAAUCUAAAUUAAUGUUAAGAUAAGGGGGCGGAGCUAAAGCUGAUCUCCAGCGCGUUAUUAUUAUUAUUAUUAUUAACAACCUCAGAGUCUGACUGUUCUUCUUCAAAAAGCUGUUUAUUUGCUAAAGAGGAAGCGUAAAUCAACAAGUGGAGAAAAUGUACAUGGAUAACAGUAAUAAACAGAUUCAUAGUUAAAUGAUUUGUAGAGAGAGAGAGACAGAGAGAGAGACAGACAGACAGACAGAGAGGGAGACAGACAGACAGAGAGAGAGAGACAGACAGACAGAGAGAGGGAGACAGACAGAGAGAGAGAGAGAAAGUAAGAGAUAGAGAGAGGAAAACAGUAAGAGAGAACGAGAUCGAGAGGAGUGAGAGGGUGAGAAAUAGAUCAUGAGAACAUGGGAUAGAGACAGAAAGUCUGAAAGAGAGAGAGUGUGAGAGAGAGAGAGAGAGAGAUCAACAAAUUGAUAAGGAGAGAGAUGAUCAUAGCAAUAAAAUUUAAUUGAACUGAGACAGUAAAUGUGUGUGUGUGUGAGAGAGUAAGUGAGAGAGAGAGAGAGAGAGAGAGAGAGAGAGAGGAAUAAAUCUCAUAAACACACUAUGUAAGAGGCUGCGGUUUGGUGUAAAUGUCCUGAAGUCUCUUCUCACACUCGGGGUAAAUAUUUGCCCUGCUGCUGUAAGAGGAAGAUGAGGAAGAAGAUGCCGGAGGUGGUCAGUGAUAAAAAAUAAAACCUACACACACACGCAGGGCUGGUUUACGUUAUCGGCCCAGAUGUGAUCUGAGCUCAUGAGCACACAUGUAUAAAGGGGUUAUACAAGUAGCGGGUAAUUAUGGCACACAGAUGUUCUGCGUAUUGUCCAGAUGUUGCUCUCUCGGGGAGUGAAAAAUAAAAGCGAGACGGCAUGGAAACAAAAAAUAAAUUUAAAAAAAGCGUCUUGGCGUGACAGGGAGAAGACAGGAGGAGAGAUGCGCUCUGUGAUGUGGUGAGAGUCACAAAUCACUCAGUGAAUCAAAUGGGAAAUGAUUCACUGAUUCACUGGUGAAGAGAAAAUACAGUUAAACUGCAUGGUGUUGUUCCUGCGCUCAUGACUGUAGGAAGAAAUAUUCCAGUAUUUCAGGAGGAAACGGUGGAAGUGAUGAAGUGGAGAGAGGAGAAAAGUUUAAAGAGCUCUGCUGGCACCUACAGGCUGAAGACCUCCUGCCUCCUGCCUUCACACUGCCUCUACACCGGCUUUAUUUGGACAUAAAAGUUAAAACAUUAAAUAACAAAACUAACCCUAAAUCCCGAAA